AGGUAUUUUAGUUCAACUCAUUUUAUAAAGAUUGAUAAAAUGAAGGUUCUCAAUGUUGCAGAGAAACCUUCUGUGGCUAGAUCCAUAGCAAAUGUGCUUAGUAGAGAUCAUCGUACUGAGGAAACAAAAUCCCCAUUUAAUAAAUUAUUCAAAUUGGAUUACAAAUUAAGAGAUUUAGAUGUUGAAAUGUGGAUUACAUCUGUAUCAGGACACUUGAAGAAUUUGAAGUAUCCAACGAAAUACUAGAAUUGGGAGAAGUGGGAUCCAAUCAUUAUUUUAAAAGAAGCAGAAAUAGAAAAUAAUAUUUCUACUGAUAAGUGUAAAUUAGUAUGACAUAGGAAAUAGAAAAUUUAGAAUAGAAUCUAAAGAACUUUGCUGCGAUGUGUAGUAGAUUAAUCCUUUGGUUAGAUUGUGAUAGGGAAGGUGAGAAUAUAGCAUUUGAGGUGUUAGAAGUAUGUAGAGAAUCAAAUCCAAGUAUUUAAGUUUAUCGAGCUCAUUUUUCAGCUGUCACAUAAGUAGAUGUUCGAAGAGUAAAUAAAAUAAUAAUCUAUAAAUAUAGGCUUUAGACACACUUAAAUAACCUGAUGAAAAUCUAUCAAAUUCUGUAUUGGCAAGAUAAGAGAUAGAUUUAAGGAUUGGUGCAUCAUUUACUAGAUUUUAAACUUUGUUACUUUAAAAACAAUUUAAUUUAUCUUCAAUUAUAAGUUAUGGUCCAUGUUAAAUUCCAACACUUGGUUUUGUAGUAGGAAGACAAAAAGAGAUAGAUUCUUUUAUUAAGGAAUAAUUUUGGUUUUUAUAAAGUGAAGAUGAUAAUAAAUGUAUAUAUAAUUGGGAACGUGAACAUUUGUUUGAUGAAUUUAUUGUUGCUUUAUUAUUUGAGAGAUGCUAUUAAGAUAAUGCUAAAGUUAUAAAUGUAUAAUAAAAAGAUGUUUAGAAAUGGAAACCUUAUCCAUUAUGUACAAUUGAAUUUGAAAAACUGGCAUCUAAAAAAUUAAAAAUAUCAGCACAUAAAGCUAUGGAAUUAGCAGAGAAAUUAUAUAAUAAAGGUUAUAUUAGUUAUCCAAGAACUGAAACUAAUAAAUUUCCACCAACUAUAAAUUUAUAAAAUAUCAUUAGAGAUUAAUAAAAUCAUCCAAUAUGGGGGGAUUAUGCUAAUAAAUUAAUAAACUCUGCUUUUGAAUAUCCUAAAGCUGGUAAUAAAGAUGAUAAAGCACAUCCUCCUAUUCAUCCUGUUAAAAUGAUGAUUGAAAAUGAAGCAUAAAAUAAAUAAGAAUGGGAUAUCUAUUAAUUAAUCACUAGACAUUUUUUAGCUUGCUGUUCUAAAAAUGCAAAAGGUUCUGAAACAACUAUUACUCUUCAAAUUAAUGAUGAAUUUUUCUCCAAAACAGGUUUAGUAAUAAAAGAAAAAAAUUUCUUAGAAAUUUAUAUUUAUGAUGAAUGGUCUUAAAUUUAAGUUCCAAAUUAUUAAUGUGGAGAAAUUAUAAAAAUCAAAUUAACACUUUAAAAAGGAUCAACUUCUCCUCCUAAACCUAUGACAGAAGCUGAACUUAUUGGAUUAAUGGAUAAAAAUGGCAUUGGUACUGAUGCUACUAUUCAUGAACAUAUUAAUACAAUAUAAGAGAGAGAAUAUGCAAUUAAAAAAGGAUAAAUUAUUAAACCUACUAAAAUUGGACUUGCUCUUGUUGAAUCUUAUGAAAUUUUAGGAUUUACUUUACAUUAACCAUUUCUUAGAGCUGUCAUGGAAUAAAGAAUGAAUGAAGUAGCAUAAGGUAAAAUGGAAAAAUCUUAAAUUGUUUAAACAACUAUUAAUGAAAUGACUAUUAUUUUAAAAUAACUUUAAGAGAAAUAAAAUUUAAUUAUUAAAACAUUUGGAUAGUAUUUAGAAGCUCUUAAAAAUUAUGAUCAAGAUAAUAAUGAUGAUAAUGAUGAUAAUUAAAAUAAUAAUCAAUCUAAAUUACAUACUAAUUAAGAAGAUCAAAUCAAUUAGAAUCAAUAAAAAACUAUUAAAAAUAAUAAAAUGUUAAAAGAUAAAAAAUCCGAUGAUUUACCAUCUUUAUGUUAAUUUUGUAAUUCUUAAUGUCUUACCUUUAAAUAACUUACUGGAAAUUCAAUCAAAAUUUGUCCUAAACUUUGUCAAAUUUAAGAUGAUAUUUCAUAAAAUGCACUUAAUUAAUCUAAAAAAAAUAAAGAUAACUGCUUUCUAUGUAAUAUAUGUUAAAAUUUUAUGAAAAUAAGAUAUUCAAAAAUUAAAUAAACUAAUUUUCUAGGAUGUUCCUCAUAUCCAAAAUGUAAUUAAACCAUUUUUCUUCCUGAUUCUGUCAAAACUAUAAAAACUAUUGAUAGAUAAUGCAAUAAAUGUAAAUCAACAAUGUUUUCUAUUUAAUUUUCUGAAAAUUCUAACUAAGUUAACUAAAAUUCCUUUUUUUGUUUAUAUCCUGGAUGUUAAUAAACUAUAAGAGCUGAUUGGAAAUAAAAUUGCAAAGAUUAAAAUUAGUCAAAUAGAGGACAAAAUUCUGAAAAAUUACCUUUCCAACCUCAUGCUUAAAAUGGAAAUUUUAAAAAUAAGGAUUCAUUUAGUAAUUAAUAAAAGUUCCCUCAAAAAAAAAAUUGA